AUGGCUGGUAAUGGCCUAGAUGGUUCUGCUGCCAGUUCACUCCCAGUAUCGGGCACAUCAAUGUUUACACGAUGCUCAGCUGCAAGAUUUAAGAAACUUUGCAACCGGUUACCAGAGGCAAAAAUACAAGCCAUAAGAGACCUCAAAUAUGGAGGUCUCUUAAACUUAAACUGCACAGAGGUGUGCCACAACCUCUGUAUCUUUCUAAUCCAACAUUUCAAUGUUGGAUUUAGACGGAUAGAGUUCUCAGCCCAGCAACACUAUCCUGUUACAGCCACCGAUGUUAGCCUCAUUUUCGGCCUCCCAACAGAAGGGCGGAUGUUGCAGGUGACCUCUACAUCAUCAGACCAUCCAUUUGGGACUAUUCGGGCAUGCGAGGAGAAACUCCUGGACUUACCUGUUGGUGAGGAGUUUCGUAGAGCAUUCAUUUACUACGCAUGUGCCACAUUGUUGGCCCCCACGUCUAGGCUCAAUGGUUGCCGUAACUUGUGGCAUACCAUCCAUGAGGAUGGAUUCCGAAAUGACGUUAAUUGGGCCCAGUUUGUGCUUGACCAACUGGUUGAGGGAAUUAGGCGAUACCAACAAUCUAAGACCUCUUGGGUACAUGGCUGCGUUUUAUUUCUACAGCUGCAUUAUGUCAUUAAAUUCCAAAUUCCUUUAGUCCAAGUCCCCAUUACAGUGCCCCCAGCAUUGGCAUGGACUGAUGAUUUGAUUAAGCGACGACUAGUCGCUGAGAUAAAGGAGUUUGGAGCAUUCGGACAUGCUGAGAUUGAUUUUGCAUCCCAGAGAUCUCCAACCGUAGACAGAACUAUGGAGCUAGAGACUAACGUGGACCAAGACACAAAUGUUGAAGCUGAAAAUAGUGAUGAAAUAUGGCAUCAAUAUCAUGAUGCAGAACGAGCAAUCGACCAAUAUCAACGGGGCAUUCAGCAGCAACUGAGAAUAAUGCGUGGCCUUAUGCAUAAGUUAGGGAGUCGAAGACAUAGCGGGGUCAAUUCAGAUGCGGGUGGUCACUCUACUAUGCACCAGCCAACACUCCCACAGCUGAUGACCAUGCAUUCCCUGGUGAUGAGUACAUGGCUUCGCAUGCUGCAGACCAUGUGCUAG